AUGAUUACGAGGGGGCUCUUUCUCUUGUUGGUUGUCCUCGGGGCCUUUGAUUUGCCACCGUCGAGAGUUGUUACAUGGGCCAGUAUGGCUAUGGCUAAUAGUCCAAAUGGCGGUUGCAAUGCGUGCCGAAUGCACGAGGAGAUAAGGGCUAUGAGUUUAGAAGCUAUUAAAGAACAGAUACUUAAUAAACUUGGACUUAAGCAAGCACCUAAUAUGACGGGACGUGCAUUACCAAGAAUACCGCCUAUAUCAAAAUUAAUGGACAUGUAUGGAAUGCAGGCUGAUCAGCCGUCAAGUGUUGAGCCUGGUAUUACUCAUCAUGAGGAGAUUGAUGAAUUUUCAGCUAAAACUGAGAGUGUCUUUGCACUUGCACAACCUCAUCAGAAGCUGAGACACUCCAAAGGCAGUCUCGACGUAAUCUAUUUUAAGUUCUCGGACAAAGUAAUUCAGCACCGAGUGACGCGAGCAGAACUAUCCUUAUGGAUAUGGGGUACCCGAAGAGACGAAGAUACCCUAGAUGACGACUCCAAGGAGGCCGACGAGAUCCUAGAAGAUGAUGACGAAAGCCCGCGGGGCCCGGUGACGAUAACCCUGCAGAGAAUUCUACGAGGUACAUCGGACAAUGGAACCCCUCAGCUGGGGCCCCCGUUGACGACGAAGCACAUGCGACCGGUGGGUAAACGUGGCACCUGGGUGACAAUUGAACUCAGGCGAAUGGUCGCCGAGUGGUUCAAACAUCCGCGGGACAAUCUGGGUGUUGCCCUGAAGAUCACCAGUGGCAAGAGCGAUAGGAGACACUCCUGGAUCGUUGAGACCAAUCCUGGAGCUGAAUUUGCUCCUUAUCUUGAGGUGCAAACGCAAGAGUUGGAGUCGAGACGUGGCGCUAGGAUCAAGAGAAGUGUUGGACUGAAUUGUGAUGAAGCUACGCAGGAGACAAGGUGCUGUCGGUAUAAGCUGACAGUUGAUUUUGAAAAGUUCGGGUGGGACUGGAUCAUUGCACCCAAAAAAUACGAUGCAAAUUACUGCUCGGGUGAUUGUCCCAUGGCAUUUCUUCCAGUUUAUCCAAAUACUCACAUAGUGAGCCUAGCUGAGCCACCGAAUAAUACAGGCCCCUGCUGUGCACCAAGAAAACUCUCUGAAAUAACAAUGCUCUACUUCGACAAUGAGUAUCAAAUUGUUUUCACAAGACUACCGGGAAUGGUUGUCGAACGUUGUGGCUGCUCAUAG